CAGCACUAAAAGUUCAAAAAGAUCUUUUGUCUCAUCAAUACAAAUCAACAAAAUAUAGGAAUAAAUUCAGUAACAUUGCAUAUUUGAUACAAACCGGUUAACAACCUCAGCUCCACAUAACAUUCACAUCAUCUUCCACUCAUAAAUUUGCAACGAGAAGAAAGGCAGAGACAACUAUUAAGUGUAAGUUACUCAAUCAGUGGAUUUCCACAUUUCAAGAUCUCUCUCUUUCGCUGACUCAUUUUCUAAUUCUUUCUUUCGUCAAAGGGUCGUUUUCCUCAACACGAUGGUCAAAUCAAACCACAAUGAUCCUCCACCUGCUGGAGGUAAAUCAAAAUUACGACUUUACUGUACGUUUAUUGACUUCUCGAAUACAUACGAACCCAAUCACCCCUUUCUGGAAUCCAAGAAAUCAUUUGUCCAAAAUCCAGACAGAACAUCUUAACUAUUAAGUGCAAAAUCAAGCGUAGAGAUAGUUUGAUUUGGUAGGUUAUACUACGAAAGUAACACAACAAAACCUUAGUAUUAAAUUCUCGAUCAAUUUAUCUGGUUUUUUAGUUCAUAAGUUUUUUUCAAGGAGCCCUUUUUGAAUAUAAUUCAUAAAAUUUCCAAUUAGUUUAUUAAUGGAAGACCUAAACACACUUUUAAAAUAUUAUUUCCAAAUUCAAAUCACCAUAAUGCUAAACAAUAUCUCAAUUACGAAGUACUUUUACAUAUUUUUUAUUUUCAACACGUUAAUUUAAUUUCCAUUACUACAGAAAACCACUAUACACAACCAAAAACAUCAACUCCCCUCUACUUUUACAUCUAUCGAUUGACUUCCAACUUCAUUUGCAUAAAAAAAUGAACAAUCAAUCUUAAAAAACUCAAUGUCAUAUAUUCAUUCUUAUAAUUACUUUAAAUCUAUUUUAACAACAACCAGAAACAGAAACAGCCACAACUAUAGUCAUACAUAAAUUUUAACUUCAUCCAAUAUCCGCGCGUAGCGCGGACACGAUCCUAGUUUAAUUUUAAAGUUUAGUAUUUUUGAGGAAAUCCAGUUUAAACCGAGCAAAAUAAAUCUAAAAGCCAGGACAUUAUUAUUUUGUCGUUUUUAGUUAUUGUAGAAUUUUGAAUUUGUUUUGUGUUUACAAGAUGAAUAAAAGUUUAACCAAAAAACUUAGUUUGUUCAUAAGAAUUCCUUAAUUAAUUAAUAAAAUCAAAACAAUCCAGAAUAAAUUAUUUUGCUUAUAAUAUAGUUCCUUAAUUAAUCACCGGUCAGAAGCAAUGCCUUUCAUAAUAAUUUAUGUACAACUAACUAUAUAUCCAUGGACUUAUUAAACUUAUUUAUUAGUAAACUUAUAUAUUAAACUUAUUCCACAUAUUCUUUACAUUGUGCCUCAUUGAGAUCAUUAUAUCACGUUGAUAAGCGAUUAGUUGCUUUUAAAUCAAAACUUAUCCCCAUUUGAAAUAAAACAAGAUUUCUUUCUUUUAAUUAUUCAGAAGAUGAAUCCACCACAAGCAAUCUCCAUUCUCUUCUUCUUCUUCUUAGAUUAUGUCUCUGCUCAAUCUCCUCCUCCUCCUCCGUACACAACCAACGACUUCUUCAAACCGAGCUUAGUCAUAACCACCGGAGUUUUCUCCGUCGUCUUCACACUCACCUUCGUUCUCCUCGUCUACGCCAAGUGCUUCCACAACGACCUCCGAUCAGAGACCGACGAGGACCGAGAGAUAGGAAGGCUCGAGCGUCUAUGGCAAGGACUCUUCAAUCAAUCAUCUCGAUUAUCAUCAGGGCUCAACAGAACAGCAAUCGAGUCUCUUCCCUUCUUCAGAUUCUCUGCUUUGAAAGGAUCGAAACAAGGGCUUGAGUGUUCUGUCUGUUUGUCUAAAUUCGAAGACGUUGAGAUUCUUAGGCUUUUGCCUAAGUGCAAACACGCUUUUCAUAUAGAGUGUAUUGAUGAGUGGCUUGAGCAGCACGCUACGUGCCCUUUGUGUAGAAACAGAGUUUGCAUUGAAGACGAGCUCUCUGUUUUCUCUGUUUUGGGUUGUAGUAGCAAUAGUAUGAGAAUCAUGAAUCAGUUAACGGAAACAAGAGAAGAAGACUCGAACAUGGAGAUUUACAUCGAACGCGAAGAAGGAGAAGACUCUUCGAGAUUCAGCAGCUUCAGGAAGAUUCUCAAGUUUGGUAAUAAUGAUAAACCGUUGUCGCUUGUGGAACAAGGCAACGAGAAACGUUUGCAUAAGUUCAGACACAGGAUUGUUGUUUCGGAUGUUGUGUUUAGGAACCGUUGGAGUAAUGUGACUCCAUCUGAUUUGACUCGUUUGACAUCAGACAUGUUGAAUUCAAUGUCAAGCGAUAGAUUCUCGUCGAUGGAGAGAGUUGACUUGCGGGACAAGGAAGAGAUGGAUAUGAAGAGAAUGAUGAAGAACAAAGAGUCAACGAGAAGGGUGGUUUCUGAGAUCACGGCUGUUCCUAGACUUAGUGUCCUGGAAGUUACAACAGCGGUUGGAGGAAACGACGGCGGUUUCGCCGCUUCCACCUCGAGGAGCGAUGCGAUUGCUGCUACGGAGGAAAGAAGACGACAAUUAUGGUUGCCGAUAGCUAGGAGAACGGCUCAUUGGUUCGCUAACAGAGAGAAAAUGAAUGAACUAAACACGACAAAACCUUAAUGUUUAGUUGUUUCUAAUUACUUUAUCGACAGUUUGCAAUCAAAUGAUUGAUGGUUGUGUCUUUGUGUAGAUACAUGGUGCCGGUGGAUUGAUUAUGAACAAAGUUUUGGCCAAUGGUCAUAUUGAAUUCGUUGGAA